GCACAUAUACCCCAGACAUAAUCAACAUGAAGGAAAGCUCUGUGUUAAUGAGCUUAGCCCUAAUUCUAUGCUCAGCAGUUCACAUGACCCAUGCAGCUUAUAAAAUUGGAGUAGGUCGAGCGGAUUGUACGGGACCAUCAGCAGAAAUUACUUUCAUGGGCUAUGCCAAAGCUGGGCAAAGGGGCUGUGGAAUUCAUUUGAGGCAAUAUUCCCGAGCUUAUAUUUUCGAUGAUGGGAAGAAAAGAGUGGCAUUCGUCACCGUAGAUGCAUGCAUGAUGAACCACGGGAUUAGGAAAGCAGUACUUUCCGAACUGAAAGAUUUGUAUAAUGACACAUAUACCAUUGACAACUUGAUUCUUAGUGGUACUCACACCCAUUCUGCACCGGGUGGAUUUAUGCAAGACGUUAUGCUUGAUGUACCUAAUAUGGGCUUUGUUCAAGAAACUUUUGACGCCCUUGUGUCGGGCAUUGUUAAGUCAAUUAAGGCUGCCCACAAAAACAUGCAGAAAGCUCGAAUAUUUCUGAAUAACGGAGAAAUAUUGGAUGCUAACAUAAACAGGAGUCCAGCAGCCUACUUACUCAAUCCCAAAGAAGAAAGAGAUAGAUACAAAAAUGACGUCGACAAAGAAAUAGUUCAACUGAAAUUUGUACGUUCUUCAGACAAUAAAACUAUUGGAGCUAUUAACUGGUUUGCUGUCCAUCCAACAUCGAUGAAUAACACCAACUGUUUAAUUUCGUCAGAUAAUGUGGGAUAUGCCUCUAUAUUAUUUGAAACAAGCAUGGAUACUCAUUCCUUACCGGGCCAGAGUGGAUUUGUUGGAGCUUUCGCGUCGACCAACUUGGGAGAUGUUUCACCCAAUACAAAUGGACCAAAAUGUAUCAAUACAGGGGAACCUUGCGAUGGCAUUACAAGCACUUGUAAUAAUACAGCAAAAUACUGCAUAGCAUUUGGCCCAGGCAAAGAUAUGGAAGAGAGUACGAAGAUUAUAGCAAAUAAAUUAUUCAAAAAAGCUGAGGAACUGAUCAAGAGCGAGUCAUCGAAGGAAGUUAAAGGUGAUAUCAAAUAUGUCCAUCAAUUCGUACACAUGCCCACAGAGAAAAUUACUGUUCAGCUGGAGAAUGGAACAAAAAUUAAGGCUAGAGGAUGUCUACCAGCCAUGGGAUACAGUUUCGCAGCUGGUACUAUAGAUGGGCCUGGAGAAUUUGACUUCAAACAAGCUACUACUACCAGCAACGCCUUCUGGAAUUUAGUGAGAGAUUUCAUUUUUCCUCCUAUGGAGGAUGAUGUUCGUUGCCAUGCUCCCAAGCCAAUCUUGAUCAUGACAGGAAGU